AUUGGACACAGAUCAAGAACUGAUUCAAACCAAGGAUACAUCAAUCCAGUGUUUCCAUACAAUUACCCUUUCGGUUGGCAGUGGUCAGCUACCCACAACUCAAGUGCAACCUCUACUCCACUUAAUUUAUGUACCACUCACAAAUCACCCAACAGUUACUCUCCUAUCACCCCUACAUCCCCAGUGUCCCCUGUAUUUCCUCCACCAUCACAAACUUCCUCUACUGGUAUGUCUCCUCCAAUAAAAAAAUCCAAACCACUUUGGUACCCAUGGUUAACUGUAGAUUCAAUUAAAAUGCAGGAUAGCAGCGCUGGGCUCCAAGAAGACAUGAAGCAAAUAGAUGCAAACAUGACGGAAAGCAGAAAAAACUCAAAGAGUUUAAAUAAACUGAAUAUUGAAGGAAAGACAAUUCCUACUCAAGCAGCAAUUACUGGUGAACAUAACUAUUCGCCUUUUAAUGUUUCAAGAAAUCAAUCAGAUAUGUCUAAAUUGCCAAACCAAACAGUGCAUUCACUUAGUGAAAGAGAGAGUGACAAGUUUGGACUGUGGAAGGAAGAUUUAGGCAGAGGUCUCUUGGAUAAGCAAAAGGUAUCUGCUCAUGGAAUAAAAGAUCUUUUAUCAUCUCCACCCAAGACUAAUGCUCUCAAAGUAAACAAAGAUCCUUUGUCUAAUUGUCGAACUGUUUCUCAGUUUUUGGGUUCAGUCAUUGAAACAGCUUAUGAACAAGAAAAUAUUAACUGUCCACCUUGGACCUUAGGAAAAAGAGAUUUAAAAAACUCAAGUGCCAUGCUAGCUCAAGCCCAAGAUAG